AUGUUUUUGUUUAUAAAUCUAAUAAAACAUAUCGUUGAAGAUGAAGAUCCAUUUGUUUUUGCUGAUUGCAUGACUAAAAUGUCAGAAUACAAUUUAAUACAUGAACGUUUCAACGGUGAAAUUUCAACUAAAGACGGAAAAUUUGUUGUUCAUGGGACAGAAAUCAAAAUUUAUACGAAAAAAGAUUCAUCACAAAUUCCAUCGCGGCAACUUAGCGUUGAAUAUAUCUUUGAAUCAGCCGGUGUAUUUACAGCAAUUGACGAAUGUCAACUACAUUUAUAUGCUGUUACUAAAAACAUUGUAACUGCAGUACCAUCAGUUACUGCUCCAAUGCUUGUUAAGAGAGUCAAUAGAGAUAAAUAUACAGGAAAAGAAACACUUGUUUCAAAUGUAUCUUGUACAACAAAUCGUUUAGCACUAUUAGUUAAAGCUGUUCAUGAAAAAUUUGGCUUUGCUGAAGCUUUAUUGACAAUUGUACAUUCAUAUACUGAUACACAAGAUAGUAUUGGUGGACUAUCGAAUACAAGUUGGUAUGAUGCACAUGGAACUGCACAAUAUGUAAUUCCAUCAUCAACUGGUGCCAUUGAAAAGUGGAAUGAUGAAGAUGGGAUGGGAAAGUUUAAUCCAUUAGCUAUUGAAUCUGAAAAUAUCUUAUUUGGUUAUCAUACAUUAGCAAAGGGAUGGAAAGAUAGAAUUCUUACAACAAUAUUACGUAAAGCCAAUCGAAAUCGCCAUACAAGUUGGAUUUGUUUUGAUGGCAUAAUAAGUCGAGCAUGGUCUGAUUUAUUACCAUCAAUAUUAGAAAAAGAAUUAUCAUGA